CGCCGCGCAGCGGGGUCCGGUCCACCGGGGCCGCCCCGCCGACUCUGACCUCGGGCUGUGACAGCAGGACCCCAGGGCGCGCGAGGGCAAGAUGCGAGUCACCCCUCUGGCUGCCCCUGCAGAUUCUCGCUCCAGGAAAAAGAGGCUGGAGUUGGAUGAUGACCUCGACUCUGAGUAUACCAGACGGAAACAAGCUCGAAGUGGGCUCCAGCCCAGGCUGCCCCCCUGCCUCCUGCCCCUGAGCCUGCCCCCUGCUCCAGCCCCAGCCCCUGGAGUGACCACUGCCUCCCGGCUUGGGCCCUAUGUCCUCCUGGAGCCCGAGGAGGGCGGCCGGGCCUACCGGUCCCUGCACUGCCCCACAGGCACCGAGUAUACUUGCAAGUUGUACCCCCUCUCUGAAGCCAUGGCAGUCCUGGAGCCCUACUCUCAGCUGCCCCACCACGGGUACGUGGCCCGGCCCACUGACAUCCUGGCAGGCACCCAGCACCUCUACAUCUUUUUCCCGAGGCCGCACGGGGACAUGCACAGCCUGGUGCGCCAGCGCCGCCGCCUGCCCGAGCCUGAGGCCGCCGCGCUCUUCCGCCAGAUGGCUGCCACCCUGGCGCACUGCCACCAGCACGGCCUCGUCCUGCGAGACCUCAAGCUGCGUCGCUUUGUCUUCACCAACUGUGAGAGAACAAAGCUGGUGCUGGAGAACCUGGAGGAUGCCUGUGUACUGACCGGGCCGGAUGACUCCCUCUGGGACAAGCACGCAUGCCCAGCCUACGUGGGGCCCGAGAUCCUCAGCUCACGGGCCUCCUACUCCGGCAAGGCUGCGGAUGUCUGGAGCCUGGGCGUGGCACUCUUCACCAUGCUGGCUGGCCACUACCCCUUUCAGGACUCAGAGCCUGCCCUGCUUUUUGGCAAGAUCCGCCGAGGGGCAUUUGCCUUGCCUGAGGGCCUCUCAGCCCCUGCCCGCUGCCUGGUCCGCUGCCUCCUUCGACGGGAACCAGCUGAGCGGCUCACGGCCACGGGCAUCCUGCUGCACCCCUGGCUUCGGGAGAACCCGAUCCCUUCAGUCUCAUCCCGAUCCCUUCUCUGGGAGGCUGAUCAGGUGGUUCCUGAUGGGCCAGGGCUGGAGGAGGCUGAAGAAGCGGAAGAAAGCGAAGUGGGUCUAUAUGGCUAGGGCCACUUGAUUAGACCCUCAGCUGCCAACAGUAGGUUGAAUUUGAGGUGUCUCUGAACUUUCUCUUGCCUCUUUGAACAGAGCCAAACCUUAAGUGCCUUCUAGGUGGGGGGGCGGCGGAGAUGUGUGCAGUGUGGGUUAUAUGCACACAUGUGGGUUAUAUGCACACAUGUGGGUUAUAUGCACACAUGUGGGUUAUAUGCACAUGUGUGUUGCUCCACUCACCCGUGUACAUGGGCGAUGCAUUCAACAUUUGGGAGCUUGUGUGCCAAGCCCUGCUCCAGGUGCUGGAACAGCAGUGAAGAAGACACAGAAUUCCUAUCCCAGAGCUGACAAGGGCAGUGUCUCUUCUGAGCACCCUUCGUGCUAGUCAGCAUCUACUUGUGCUACUGCCUGGGCCCCUCUGACACGGCACAGUUCCUUUUACAAACACCCCAGCUGCCUUCAUGUCUUGCACCCUUUCAGAGAAUGGGAGCAUCCUUGUGCCAAAGGCUCCAGGCUUCUCCCCUGCAACUUAGGACUCCAGAGCCCAGGCCAUGUUGGGGAUCGUGCUCUGCAUCUCUGUCCUCUUGGCCAAGGGAUCCUCUGUCCAGCCUGAGCCAAGAGUUUGGGUCUGAAGAAUCAGGAGUGCAAACUCUGGAGCUGGUCUUCAUCUAACUCCAGCAGUGGUUUGAAAUGCUCAGUGGUCUCUGUCCUGAGCACAGAAUUGGGGCACAGGAUUAGGCAGGGUCUGCCCCCUGGCCUCCUGGAACAUCCUAAGCCCUGUUCUGGGGACUUUUGGGGUCCAGGACCCCAUAUUGUGUUUUGAUGCCAUGAACUUAUGUUUUUACUUUAUACCUAAUAAAGGAAUUAAACAAGACUGAUAUUUCUUUAAUACUUUCCUCCCCA